AUGUUAUCGAAUCGUUCGUUGCGAAGUGCAGAGCAGCGAAGCCUAGCCUUGACAGAUGGCCGCAAAUCAGAACUGGAACGCGAGUACUGCAUACAAUUGGUCGAAGGCUACCUGAGCUCGAACAAAGCAUGCAUAAACCCCUUCCGCAAACCACUUGACCCUAAGGCAGAUGGCGUUGUUGACCCUGCUCGAAAGUUCAAAAGUCCAAUGAGUCUGGAAACUGUCUUGGAAAAGCUGAAAUCCAACCAGAUGGUUCGUUGCGCUGAGGCCGAAAGGCGUAUCAGAAACAUGAUCAAUUUUUGCUUCAAGUCCUAUCCGAAAAUUAGCGAGACCUAUCAACACGCUUCUUAUUUCGAGGACGCUUUCAACAAGGAUUGGGCCGAAAGAGACAAUUGGAUCAUGGAACAGGCUAGAAGAGAACAACAAUCGCCCAAGCCUGCCGAAUCGUCCGAAUCGCCCGAGAACAACGAUGCGGUCGACGCCACUGUGGGAAAUGCGCACGAGAGAUCCGAUGAGACGAAUUCGAGCACCGAGGAGACAGGUUCCGUCUAUGAGGACAGCCAGGACGAGUCAUCCAAUGAUGAUAUAAUGAAAGACAUCAAUCAAUCCGACGCAGACAAUCCUGAAGAAGACGAAUCUUCCGACGACGAACCUCCGAGAAGACCCAAGCCCUAUGCCGUGCAAGCAGAUGAUCUGGACGAGGACGCUGGACUCAAAAAACCUGUACUCAAGAACAGAGCUCGAAAGUCGAGGAUUCCAAGACAGCCUUCUAGCCGCAGUACUGCUGCGAGCUUUCUCAAUACCGACAACAAAAGACUUCUGGACACCGAUUCAGCAAGUGAAAAAUCAACUCCUUCCUCCCCUCAACAGCAAGAUGCUGUGCUCGAACAACCGGCCGAAGGACAAACCACAACCUCUACCCAAGACCACGCAUGGUCAGCCGAACAAGGACCAGCCAAAAGACCUCGUCUAGAUCCAAGUAUCGAAUCUCUUUUCGAGUCUCCGCCCCAAACCCCGAGCCAGCAGCCACCUACUCAACCAGCAACUCAGCAACCGGCCGAUGAGCCCAACCGACUCACUCCAGAAGAAGCAAGGUACGUUUUAGCCAAGUGUGAAUUCGGCCAUGAUUGA